AUGGAGAGCGAUGGAGGGAAAGCCCGAGAUAGCAAAGAAUGUAAACCAUCACAUGACAGCAAGAACACCACAGUUGGGAUCUUGGAUUUUCUUAUGGAGGCAAAUAUAAGAUGCAGUGAUAAAGUUGUGAACAAGACGAGAUCCGUUGAGAAGAUGAAAAGUGAAGCCGAGAAAUGCCUAGCGCAAGGUGAAAAAAUCUGCCACGAAAAAACGGAGUUUGAGGAUGCAACUUAUGGAAAGUUUCUUUCUUUGCUAAACACAAAGAAGGCAAAACUCAGAGCACUAAGGGACAAAGAAGAUUCAGAGAGAGCAGUUGAAGAGGAAGAGUCGACAGACAAAGCUGAAAGCUUUGAGAGGAAAAGUGACAAUGAGCAGCGCGAGGAAGAAGCCUCAAAGAAGGCAACGACAAGCAGCAAAGCUCAUGGCCGGAAGAGAGCUGCGCUCAGCUAA